ACAUCUCUUUACCCCUCCCUGCAAGCAAGCAAUAAAAAGUGCCACAUGACCUGUGUAGAAGGAAGUAGCAAGUUAGCAACAAGCCCCGUAUCCAGCAGAUAUCCAGAUCUCUCGCGACUAAAAUUCGGGUUGAACAAAUUGAGGAAAAAUAGAAAUUAAACAACAUGUUUUUAAAACUUGUGUACGUUACAUUGCUACUCGCAUUGGUGAGUGCAACAACAGCUGCAUACGUAGUUGAUUGUGCUGCAUUUGAUUGUGACGCAUGUGUUGGUGACUGUCAAUGGAUGAACUGCACAUUUACAGCAACUCCAGAUGUCUCCAAUGUCUCCUGUGUCAACGUCACCUCCGUAAACAGUCAGAACAUGACCAUAGGCGCCUGCUCCAAUGAAACCUGCUCAGUGCAGCCUUUUACUUCAAGUUCAGCCAAACCUCCUACCCCCACCAUGUCUGCUAUCCCUACGGUCAUCAAUGUCACUAACAGCUCCACCACAGCUAACCUGACUACUGCAGUACCAACUGCCCUGCCCACUAACAGCACCGUCCCAGUCUCUGACACAACGACUGCUUCAAACAGCACUGUGUCACCAGUGGGGCCCUCUCCUGCACCUCAUAAGAAUGCAACGUUUGACGCAGCGAGCUUCAUUGGGGGCAUCGUGCUGGUCCUGGGCCUGCAGGCUGUGCUCUUCUUCCUCUAUAAGUUCUGCAAGUCCAAGGACCGCAACUACCACACCCUCUGAAGGACCAACACCUACUCUGGCCCCCCCACCCCUCCCGGGCCAGCUGGAACCUCCUAAUAUCAACCCCCUAACCCCUGGCCAUUGUGAUUCUCUCAAACAGUGUUUCUCCCACAAUCCCCACUCCUCAUUGCAUUGUGCUAGCAACUUGUGGUUUAGGCCUGUAGCCUGAAUAGACACAUGGGCUGUAAACUAUACACACAACAGAAGGCUGCUGAGGAAAAGACGGCUCAUAAUAAUGGCUGUAACGGAGCAAGCGGAAUGGCAUCAAACACAUGGGAACCAUGCGUUGGAUGUAUUGGAUACCAUUCCGCUCUAGCCAUUAGCACGAGCCCGUCCUCCCCAAUUAAGGUGCCACCAACCUCCUGUGGUACACACCCACACUUGCGCCACAUCUUUUACUGGAUGUGUACACUACGCAUUUCUCACACCCUGGUGCAGCCUUCAGCGCACAGAAUUACAUCACUGUGUUUCCCCUCUCCUACUCCCGUCUCUCCCCCUCUCCUCAUUCAGUUAGUCAUUGUGACUUGAGAAAAAUCAGCCUAAUUUACUGCUCCUCUCCCCUGGCCCUUCAUUUGAAUGUUUUACCUGCCUGGCCUGGUAAAACGAGCCGACGGUCAUUUAUGUAAUAGACGUUCUGUUGGAAUAUAGUGGGGCUGCCAUGGCAUUAGCUUGUGGCCUUCAUGCACCUUGGUAACGCUUCAGAAACACUGAGGUCCCCUCCCCUGUUAUUUUUCAGAAUUUGAUUACUGGAUGAUGCAGCAUAGCUUUUAUUCUUGUUUGUCGUGGGACAGAUCUGGGCUGAGUUUUUCACGCCUAUAUAAAGGGGUUAUAAUCAAAUGAUGGUAGAAAGUCCAAACAAAAGGAGAACUAGAAGCAGUACUCCAUUCUUUAAGUUUAUAUUCUGUAUGAAGAUGCCUCCAUCUGAAGUAGAGGAGUCAGACCCUUGGUGUUAAGACACAACACACACCACACGCUGCCAAGAGAGCAGCUCAAUGCAAUACACCCAAAUCAAUCCCCCUUUCUACAACCCCCUCUCUUUAUCGGCUUCAGCCAAACGGAUCACAGUGAAGAGUCCAGUCAGUAGACUUGAGAUCUUCCCUUGACAGGAAGGCAAUCGCAAUGAGUCAAGUCUUUGGGACAUGGUCGAAAGGUUCUACAGAUUAAAGAUUGUAGUAAAUAUAUGAGAAUGAUUAAAUAAGUCUAAUUAUGAAUUCAAGUGUUGAACGGAAAGAGAUGAAGAUAAGACAGUCUGCACCUUAUUGAUGCGUACAGUGAUGGCAGUAAAGUGCCUUUAAUGUUAAAUGUGACUUAAAGAGGGGAUGAGUGAGAAUUAUGAUGUUGCUCCUCUUCCUCCUAGCUGAGGCCUGAGUGUCGUUGUUGUGAAGUAAAAGCAGUCUGGUGACAGGCACGGUAAUGCGGUGCUGAUAUUGGUGAUGAACAGAGAGAAGAGAACCAGGGUGGUUCUCAAUCCCAUUUUAAUUCACUCAAACCAAGUAGUUACCUGAAAUUCCAAAAUGUUCCUCAUAGAAGAUUGGGAAUGAUUUCAAUUUCAGUUGACUUCCUGAACUUGCUGAAUAAUUGCAAUGAGUUGGGCCCAACCCUGAACAGCAGAACCCUAGUAUCCCAGCUGGACUGAAUAGCCUUUUAUUAUUGAAGAGUAGACCGAUACGUUAGUUCCUCAUCUUGGUCUUUGAUGGAUGAAGACCUAUUACAGUAUCAAUUGAUUAUAUUGGUUGAGAUGUCACCUAUGCAGGCAGAAGUUUUAAAUGUUCCUCACAGCGCCCUAGUGCUAGUUCCCCCUCAUAUUGUACAGGCACAUCCUUAUAGCCUGUGUUUUGAAAAUUAACAGUGAAGAAUACUUUUUGGCUUAGUUCUUAAUCAAUUUGUUUUUCCUGGAGUCAUGCAUAAAUUGAACUGAUAGUUAUUUGAUCAUUUCAAAAAACUAACUAAUACCUGGUCCCUGAACUUAAAAUGGGCGCAAUGUUGAGAUGUCGUCCUUUUCAUUUUGGAAGUUUUCUUUUCUCCCAGUGAGCUGUCUUUUUUAAGUGCAGUGCCAAGGAGAAGAGUUCCUUCAGAAAUGAUUGACACCCCUUGACUUUUUCCACAUUGUGUUGUUACAGCCUAAAAUUGAUUAAAUUGAGAUUUUGUAUCACUGAUCUGCACACAAUACCCAAAAUGUUGAAGUGGAACUAUGUUUUUAGAAAUGUUUACAAAUGAAAAUCUGAAGUGUCUCGUGUCGAAAGGUAUUCAACCCCUUUUGUUAUGCCAAGCCUAAAUAAGUUCAGGGGUAAAAAUGUGCUUGACGAGUCAUGUAAAUUACAUGGACUCACUCUGUGCACAAUAAUAGUGUUUAAUAUGAUUUUUAAAUGACUACUCCAUCUCUAAAACCCCACAUGUACAAUUAUCUAAGGUCCCUCGGUCAAACGGUUCAUUUCAAGCACAGAUUCAACCACAAGGACCAGGGAGGUUUUCCAAUGUUUUACAAAGAAGGGCACCUAUUGGAAUAUGAGUAAAAUAAAUAAAAGUAAACAUUUGAAUAUUCCUUUGAGCAUGGUGGUUAUUAAUUUCACUUUGGCUGGUGUGUCACUACAGCCAGUCACUACAAAGAUGCAGGCGUCUUUCCUAACUCAGUUCCUGGAGAGGAAGAAAACCGCUCAGGGAUUUCACCACGAGGCCAAUGGUGACUCUAAAACAGUUACAGAGUUUAAUGAUUGAUGGGAGAAAACAGGAUAGAUCAACAACAUUCUAGUUGCUCUGCAAUACUAAACCUAAUUGACAGUGAAAAGAAGGAAGCCUGUACAGGAACAAAAAAUAUUCCAAAACAUGAAUCCUGUUUGCAAUAAGGCACUAAAAUAAUACUGCAAAAAAAUGAGGCAAAAGAAAUUUGACACUUUGUUCUGAAUACAAAGCAUUAUGUUUGGGGAAUCUCCCAACACAUCACCGAGUACCACUCUUUAUAUUUCCAAGCAUGGUGGUGACUACAUCAUGCUAUGGGUAUGCUUGUCUUCGGCAAGGGCUUGGGAGUUUUUUAGGAUAAGAAUAAGGAUAGAGCUAAGCACAAGUAAAAUCAUAGCGGGAAACCUGGUUGUCUGCUUUCAAACAGACACUGGGAGACAAAUUCACCUUUCAGCAGGACAAUUCCUAAAACACAAUGCCAAAUAUACACUGGAGUUUCUACCAAGACAACUUUGAAUGUUCCUGAGUGGCUUGGUUGGGCUUUUACUUAAAUCUGCUCAUAAAUCUAUGGCAAGACUUAAAUGGCUGUCUAGUAAUGAUCAACAACCAACUAGACAGCUUGAAUAAUGUGCACGUAUUGCACAAUUCAGGUGUCCAAAACUCCCACAAGUUUUGGGGGGAUUUUUCUUCUGCUUUGACGUUCGUGUUUUGUCUAGAUCGUUGGCACAAAAAAAAUACAAUGAAAUCAAUUUUACACUCACUUUGUAACACAACAAAUUGUAGAAAAAGUCCAGAGGUUUGAAUACAUUCUCAAGGCACUGUAGGUUUCCCAAAUGUAGUGCUCGUACAGUAUGUCUAGUUCUUUGAUUAGCUUGCUGCUAACAGUGUGAUGUCCACCUUGUACAUAGAGCUGUCAUGUCCUUCAUUUGAUCUACCUUCAAGCUUUCCACUUUCAAUUGUGUAAAGGCAAGAUGAUGGAUCUUUUUUAGUGUUUUAUCAAUAGCUUUCGCUUGCAGUGGCUUGUCAAUGUCAAGACUCGGUUGUGUUUUUGUUUAAUUUUUUGCAUGUCCAAUGCUUGGAAUUGUAGUAUUUUAUUUUGAAUUAGGCUCUUGGGGCUUCAGAUACUUAAAAUUAAAAUAACCACUUGAUGAAUGUCAAACAGUAUGCUAGUGGAGAGUAUGCCUAAAAAAUGUGCAUUAAAGCCAAAGUCCUCAGUCUUGGCAUGGAAAAUGGAGCUUUGCACUGACGAAGCUUUGCUUUGUAGUGUUUGCCUUAAUGUUUUUGUAUCGCUUCCAAAAAUGUAUGAAUGCCUGUGAGAACUCUUAACUCAAUAUUUUUCUAAUGAUGGAACAAAAUAACUUGGUUGUUUUGUAUGAGCACACUCAAUGUCAUUUAAAUGUGCGCAUGCGUCUUUCCUUGGCCUUCAUUGUCCCUGAUUUUGUUUUUUUUCUUGAUCGCUUUAAGCAUGCCCUUUUACAAUAUUCAUCUACAGUCACCCAACGGCUUCAGGUUGCGUCCCAAAGACGUUUGUUUUUGAAACUGAUUUAAAAUGACUGCUUACCGUAGAAAGGCACCAUCUUGCAGUGAGAUAGUAUUUUCUUUCAGUAGAUGUCACAGGACAUCGCCAGUACCCACAGCAACUGAUACAAAUAUUCUGAUUGUUGCCAAUUUUUUCCAGAGCCCGUAGACUGUCACACAGUUCCUCUCCCUGCACCUUUUCAAGAAAAGUGCCUUACUCAGUUGAACAUAAAUGAAGGUUUUUAUUUUUGUCGUAACGGGAUAGUAAACCCAAUAGAUAUCAAAGGGACUCCGCACUUUCAGACCCCUUGUAAAGAUGAAAUCAAAGCUGCGUUGUGUUGUAAGAGCAUCUUUAAAUGUUGUCUUCGUUUUCUCAAUCACACUUUGCUUUGGGAGCCUAAACCAGACACAGAAGAAUGGGUCAGCUGGCCAGAGCCACAGACAUGCAUAGUAUGGCAAAUUGUCCUAAAUAUUGUCACCAAGCAUUCCAUGACUUGCCUACAUUCCAACCUAAAAUGGAAUUUACAUUCUUGACCCUAGAAUGUAGCGUUCUCUGGCACAACGGUGUACGUUAGUAUUGUACCCAGUUGGCUGACCUUUACAUGUCUCUGGCUCUGGAGGCAGCUGUCAUUAUUAGUGUGAAGCUCUGGAGAUGUUUUUUUUUGUUUUGCCUUGCUGCUUUAACAAUGUCCACAUGCCACAGUGAUCUAAGUCCUGUUGAGUAAAAAGUCAUAGGUCUUAUGGAAUGAUUCCUCAGAUUUCCUCGCUCCUCUCACACACAGACACACAGGUUAAUGUGUUGACAGACACUUGCUGUUGCAUAUAGUCAGGAUGCCUACUACUCUAAUGGUUUAUGCUUGUUUGAUGUCCUUUUUGCCUGGAAUCUUGUUUUGCCAUUAGAUUCAAAUGUUAAAAUCAAUAAAGUUUGAAUAUUGUUAAACAA